GGGCUGCGGAGGAUGGGAGGGUUGUGUCGCGGCGCUCCGUCUCGUCUCGCCGCUCUCCGUCCCUCCCGGGGCCAUGGCCGGCGCGGGGCAGCCGAAUGAUGGCCUUCGAUCCUUACCCUUGUCUGGCCAUGUUGGUUUUGAUACUUUACCUGAUCAGCUGGUUAACAAAUCCAUCAAGCAGGGCUUUUGCUUCAACAUUCUUUGUAUCGGGGAAACUGGAUCUGGGAAAUCUACCUUAAUAAACAGUCUAUUUAACAUCAGUUUUGAUGACUUGGUGUCAACUCAUUUUCACCCAAAUGUAAGACUUAAAGCUCAGAGAUACGAACUCCAUGAAAGCAACGUUCGUUUGAAACUAACCGUUGUGAGUACAGUGGGAUUUGGUGACCAGAUAAACAAAGAAGAUAGCUAUCAGCCAAUAGUGGAUUACAUAGAUGCACAAUUUGAAGCCUAUCUCCAAGAAGAACUGAAAAUUAAACGUUCUAUAUUUAACUACCAUGAUACUCGCAUCCACGUAUGCCUCUACAUCAUUUCACCUACAGGCCAUUCCCUAAAGACUCUAGAUUUGUUAACCAUGAAAAGUCUAGACAGAAAGGUGAACAUUAUACCACUUAUAGGCAAAGCAGACAGCAUUUCUAAAACAGAACUGCAGCAAUUCAAGAGGAAACUCAUUGCUGAAUUAGUUAGCAGUGGUAUCCAGAUAUACCAGUUUCCAACUGAUGAUGAAGCUGUUUCUCAAAUUAAUACUAUCAUGAAUGGGCAUUUACCUUUUGCUGUAGUGGGAAGUACAGAAGUGGUGAAAAUUGGAAACAAAAUGGUGAAAGCUCGUCAGUACCCUUGGGGCAUUGUACAAGUGGAAAAUGAGAACCACUGUGACUUUGUGAAGCUCCGUGAGAUGCUUAUUUGCACAAAUAUGGAAGAUUUAAUAGAGCAGACUCACACACGCCAUUAUGAGCUGUACAGGAGCUGCAGACUGCAGGAGAUGGGCUUCAGAGACACUGACCCUGAGAACAAGCCAGUAAGUCUGCAGGAAGCCUAUGAGGCAAAGAGGCGCAAGUUCUACCUUGAGCUGCAACGAAGAGAGGAGGAGAUGAGGCAGAAGUUUGUGCAGAGAGUGAAGGAGAAAGAAGCAGUAUUGAAAGAAGCAGAGCAACGAAUACAGGCUAAGUUUGAACAUCUUAUGCUAGUGCAUCAAGAGGAGAAACUGAAAUUAGAGAAGAAGAGAAAAGCUUUAGAGGAAGAAAUCGCUCUGUUUAACAUGAAGAAAGCUAAUGCUGAAUUACACCAAACACAGCCAAUGGUCUCUACUCCUGUUAGCUUGAAGAGAGACAAGGACCGCAAAAAGGACAAAGGUUUUCGACUUGAACUGCUGUGUUUUGACAUCACAAAGGAAGAAGUUAUGAAUGGUCACAAACAGAGCAAGAGGGAGAAGUUAGAGAGGGAGAGAAAUUCUGCCAGGGAAUUCCAGAAAUAGUAUUGGCUGCAGCAGCAUUCAGAUUUUGAAUGUAGGUUGCAUCAGCUUUGUGAAGUGACCUGUCUGCUGCUGUCCCAUAGUUCUAGAUUUGUCUUCCUGUUACAGACUUCUCUGAGGAGUGAUUAAUAAAAUUGGUUCUAAAAAUGACACUGUCUGCAGAGUAUGAUCUGAUGCACGCUUCGCUUGAUGCUCUUUCUGUCUCCACACCAAAACAAAAGCCUGAAUAAUCUGUGAAAUUUUAGAGAUGCUUUCAGAAAUAGUCUCCAGAAUAAAUGUGUUCAUCUUCUUCAUUUAUAGACAUUAAAUAAUGUAAAUAGCAGAUGUUGUCAGUUUAUUAUUCUCCGUUCCUGAUAGGUUUCUGUUUCAUUGUGGAUGCGAUUUUGUUAAUAUCUCAUGGCACUUAAAAGCAGGUCUUUUGUACACAAGGUAUGCAUAACUCCUGGAGUAUGAAAACCUGCAGAAGCUUUGUGGGUGCUCGUACUUCCAGAAAUAUCGGCAAGACAGCUUUGAAGUUUUGGGAUGUAUGCCAGAAGCCUGCUGCUGGUUUUUGACAAAUUUUAUUGCAUUUCAAAUAAUGCCACUGAAUUCUUAUUCCUAGACUUCUUUUUUUUAAUUAUUUUUUUCUGGAAAAGGGGAACUAUGGGUAACAAAAGUGGUAACCUGUACUGUUGUGAUUAACUCACGAGUUCAGGAGAUUUCCAGAUGUUUUCUCUGGCUUAGUUUUAUUUCUUCAGAAUACGUUACAAUUCAU